AUGAUCCUUCCUGAUUUUCCUACGCCAUUCUCUCUUCUUUUCGGGUUUGAUGCCGCCUUCACGAGUUCGAGUAACCAGGUCACCAUACCCAACAAAAAGGUGAAAAAAGACCGCAAGCGCAAGCACGAGAAAUACGUCGACUCAGAUCCGGACUCUAAAGCACAUGAUAACUGCGAUACCACAUCGCUCAUCAAGAAAGCUCGAAGGGAGGAAGAUACGCACGUAGACUCUGAAGACGAAGUCGAAAACGAUCUGUCUAUUGGCACAUUGGAUACUACAUUUGUUGAUUCUGAAGAUGAAGUAUCAACGAAAGCUGUUGAUGGAUCUAAGGUUAUCGAUUCUCGUUUUGACUUCACUACUAUGACUCCUCGCAAGGACGACAAUCACCCAGGUUCCGGCACUCCGUGUAUCAUCAUCUCCUCGUCACCUCCUCCGUGUUCUCCAUCGCCGGCCUUCAUCCGUUCUCCAGCACCAUCUCCAUCUCCUCGCUCUUCUAAGGUCACAAAAUAUCACCCGAAGGGCAACGACGAGAACAACGAAGAAGAUAAUACACGAAGCGAAUGGGAACUCCGCUGGUUCAUCUGCGCACACCACACCGCAUUCACGGCAGCAACCGGUAUGAGCCUCCGUCAAGAAAUCCGUCGGCGCAAGGUGCUUUCUCGGAUGUGGAGAUCCUUGAGAGAGGAGAAUGACUUGUUGAAGAAAGAAUUGGAAAGGUUGACUGGAUACGCUGGUGUUUUGCCUUGA